CAUUGAUUCUCUCUCUCCCCCAGCUGAAGAUAAAUAUUAAUAAAUAUCUUCCCACAAACGUACUUCCCAAAUCUCUCUCUCUCUCUAUCUCUCUCUCUCUGAAUCGUAGCUCAAACGCCGAGAGCCGUAGACGCUCCUCCCCUUCGAUUCCCCUCGAUCUUGGUUUAUGAGCUCGAAGGAGAAACCCACUCUUGGUGGUACGCGGAUUAAGCCCCGCAAACGGAAUAUUGCGGCUCCUCUGGACCCUGCAACAUUUGCAGAUGCAGUGGUCCAGAUUUAUUUGGAUAAUGCUGGUGAUCUGGAACUUGUCGCUAAGAGCCUUGAAUCUUCAGACCUCGACUUCUCGAGAUACGGUGAUACCUUCUUUGAGGUUGUCUUCACGGGUGGCCGAACACAACCUGGCACAACUAAACCUGAUGAGGGGGACCGCCAUCCUUACUCUAUAAUAGACUGUGAGCCUACACGUGAUGCAGUUUUGCCAUCUGUAAUCUACAUUCAAAAGAUUUUGAGGCGAAGACCUUUUCUCAUAAAGAAUCUUGAAAAUGUCAUGCGAAGAUUCCUCCAGUCGUUGGAGCUUUUUGAGGAAAAUGAGACGAAGAAGCUGGCAAUUUUCACAGCACUUGCGUUCUCCCAGAAGCUGUCUGGUCUACCCCCAGAGACUGUUUUCCAGCCACUGCUCAAGGAUAAUCUUGUGGCCAAAGGGCUUGUUCUUGCUUUCAUAACGGACUUCUUUAAGGAAUACCUAGUCGAUAACAGUCUUGAUGAUUUGAUUGCAAUUUUGAAGCGAGGUAAAAUGGAUGACAAUCUUCUAGAGUUCCUCCCAUCUUCUAAGCGGUCUGCUGAAGCAUUUUCAGAGCAUUUCACCAAGGCAGGUCUAUUGUCCUUGGUUGAAUAUAACGAGAAGAAGACAUUUGAGGUGAAAUUGAAAGAAAUGAAAUCUGCUCUAACAACCCUGAUAGCAGAGGAGACUGAUAUGCCUGAAGUAAUUGAAGCUGUGAAGCAGCAUGUUAAAGAGGCUAAAUUACCUGAUUUUGAGGUUGUGAAGAUUUUAUGGGACAUCUUGAUGGAUGCAGUGCAAUGGUCUGGGAAGAAUCAACAGCAGAAUGCUAAUGCUGCUCUGCGCCAGGUGAAAACAUGGGCAAAUUUGUUGAAUACCUUCUGCACCAGUGGAAAGCUUGAGCUGGAGCUCAUUUACAAAGUCCAGGUCCAAUGCUACGAGGAUGCAAAGCUGAUGAAAUUGUUCCCUGAAAUUGUGAGAUCUUUAUAUGACCAGGAUGUGCUUGCAGAAGAUACUAUUCUUCACUGGUUUCGUAAAGGAACAAACCCGAAGGGCAGGCAAACCUUUGUGAAAGCUCUUGAACCGUUUGUAAAAUGGCUGGAGGAGGCCGAAGAGGAGGAAUAACUGUGCCUGAUGCUUGCUGAGCAGACCUUGUCAUCUUAUAGCUAUGUACGGUUGAUAUAUCUGAGCCU